AAAACACAUUUCUUUGUGGAUUUUACUAAAAACAUGUUGAAUAGAGGCACAAUUCAGAAUAGAUGAGAACUUUUUUUUCAUCGAAAGGAAGACAACUGACAAAGCUUUAGGGUAAUACCAAUAAUUCCAUACGCCCCAAAACUGACGAACGCCUGAAUCCAUCGCGUGGUGACACAACCUUUUUUGAAGAGACAAGAGAAGGCGGAUACAACGAUAGCUAGAGCUUCAAAAGGCUGGUUGGCGUCAGCAGCUUCUCAGUUAUCUCAACUGUUCACAUCAGUUUGUAGGCGGACGGCGUAUGAGUGUGUUAGUUUCAUGUUUGUGGAAGACGGGUGAAGCGAAAGAAGGAGAAACAGAAAAACUUUGACAGUCAAUAAUGUCAUUGGUGGGUGCAGUCAUAGUAGUUCUGCUCUUGAUGCAAGGUUUGGUCAUACCGUCACAGUGUGACCUGGAUUGCUAUGAAUCGCAUUAUUGGCGUCGAAAACACAGCUUCGAACAAGUUAUGAAAGAGCCAAUAGAGGAGGGAAGGAUCGUCAACCGCACGUGUGAUUUAAAUCGCCAAUCCUGCAUUCGCUGGUUUGCGUGGCACAGCCAUCGACAAUUUAUUCUUCAAUGUUACAUCAAGGAAAUAAAUAACUCGUCCUGUGGAGUUGUCAAUUCAACUUUCUCCAGCUUCUCAAUAAGGUCAGACGAAAAAACUGGAUCUAGUACUCUCUCCUUUACGGCAAACAGACAGCUUAAAGCUGUGCAGUGUGACUAUGAAACAAAGUUUGGAAUUUUGACCUACUCCAGACCAGAAAACCUGACGUGCAGUAGCCCAGAGUACACGAACAACAGCAACACAGUGUCUGUGACGUGUGUAACCAGUGACCUAUUUCCUACUGACCCCCGAUGUGUGCUGUAUAGACAGACAGAUGGUGCCAGCAAAAGGAAAAACAACACGUGAACAUGGGUUCGGACUUUGUGAUGACGUUGCAGGACAUGACCCCACAAGCAGAGGUUGGCGAGAGACAUUACAGUAACGUUUCAGUGACAUCAUCGGCGUCAAAAGCCAAGAAGAAAGGUCAAAGUCCACGUCAAGGUCAAAACUCAAAAGUUGGAUUCUAUGAUGUGAUUCCUGCUCAGACAAGACAUUUGUCUGCCUCCAAUGUAUACCAGGAUGUCGAGCCAGAGUCUAACUAUAGUAACGUAGGCUGUGCUGAUGGUCAGUCUGCCUCAGCCCCGGACGAUGGCGACACGGAGGAAAUCUACACCAACGGGUCCGUGUGUGGUGGACAGUGAUAGAGGGGAGAGAGUGGGACACUUUAUGUCGUGUGUGUCAGCGCAGACUUGAAGGAGAGGAGGAGAGGAAAGGGGGAGAGUGAGAGACACACAAAAAAGAGACAGAGACAGAGAGAGAGAGAGAGAGAGAGAGAGAGA